AGUCGUAUUUCAUACUCUGUUCAGACAAGACGUCUCUAUCGAUGACUCUUAUCUCGCGAAAAUCGCAAAGAAAAUUUAUGUAUAGCAACUAAUAAAGAGCGUUGAUCGAUAAAUGAUUCGUGUUUAAGUGUGAUUAAAACUGAUUCUGUGCGAUAAGAACGCCAAUGGUGACUUUUAAAUUUAGUAUUUCUUUUUAUUAUGUAAAAUGUAAUUUAAGUGUUUAGCUUUGAAAUGGUGUUAGUGUGCCGAUGACAAUUUGUUUUCAACAUAUUAUACUCUAAAUAUUAUGAAAAUGUAUUUUUGGAAGCAUAAUAUUUUAGCGGUUUGCAUCUUCCUCUUAGUUAGAAGAUCGUCAUGCACAAAGGUCGGUGUCGAGGGUAGCGGCAGCAUCGCCGAGCUGAUCAACACCAACAUCACCGUGCUCAACGCGAAGGCCAUCCAUAAGGCCGGUUACCAUCUGCACGACAUACAACACUUAACUAUAAUCAAUGCACCAAGACUGCACCACAUUGUAGUGGAAGAUCUGACUAAGAUGCCGAAAUUAAAAUCAUUUUAUAUAUCGCAGGCGCCGAUGCUGGAACGCAUAGCGGCACUUCCGCCCUUGCCCUUACUACGCACUUUUAUAGUUAUAACGUCUGGACUGGUGGAGGUGCCCAAUUUGAGCCAUGUGCACGACUCUAAGAGGGACAAGACGCCAUAUCUCCAAGCUAUUGAUUUGGAAGGUAAUCAUAUAAAACGGAUACCGCCCCACGCCCUUCGCAUUUCCGCCGAUCAUGUGUCACUGAAUCUAAAUCUGAUCGAGGAGGUACCGCCGUUUGCUUUUAAAAACGCUGUCAUUUCAAAAUUAAGUUUUAAAGGGAAUACAAAAUUGAGUCGACUUGAUGAAAACGCUUUUGCUGGAAUUCUUCUAUUAAGACAGUUAGAUUUGAGCAGCACAGCCAUUAGUUCACUGCCAAUAACGGGAUUAGAAAAUCUACAAGUACUGAAGGUGGAAAAAACAUCAACCCUCAAAUACAUACCGUCAAUUUACGAUUUACGGCUAUUGACGGAAGCCCAUCUGACGCAUCACUUCCACUGUUGUGCAUUUGCAUUCCCUGAGCGCCACGAUCCGCAGAAACAUAAGAUCUACGAGGUCCAGAUACAACAUCUAAAGCAAAAUUGUGGCAAACAAAAGAAGUCGGAGAUGCGCAAAAAACGAUCAGCGAAACCGGUAACGAUUAAUCCCAGGGAAAACAAUUGGGAGUACGAAGACAACUCGACAUCAUCCAUGAGCGAGGAGUACAGCUUCAAGGAGGACAUGUUCGACUCUGACAGUUCAGAAGAUGACGAUCAGUUCCACGAGCUGGUUGAAGCGAACUCUACCCAGCCACAGUUUUCAUACAACUGCGAAUCUCUUAUAAUAAGCGAGCGCCGGGUGCAGUGCACGCCGGUGCCGGACGCGCUGAACCCGUGCGAGGACGUGAUGGGGUGGAGCUGGCUGCGCGUGAGCGUGUGGCUGGUGGUGGUGGCGGCGGUGUGCGGCAACCUCGCCGUGCUGCUCGUGCUGCUGGCCGCCGCCUCCGAGCGCACGGUGCCGCGCCUGCUCAUGUGCCACCUCGCCUUCUCCGACCUCUGCACCGGCCUCUACCUGUUCAUGCUCGCCGUCGUCGACCUGCGCUCCUACGGCGUCUUCUUCAACUACGCCUUCGACUGGCAGUACGGUGUCGGCUGCCAGAUCGCCGGCUUCCUCUCCGUCUUCUCCGGUCAGCUGUCCGUCUUCACGCUCAGCGUUGUCACGUUGGAGCGGUGGUUCGCGAUCACGUACGCGAUCUACCUGGAGAGGCGCAUCUCGCCGGCCGCCGCGAACAAGAUCAUGGUGGCCGGGUGGCUGUUCUCCGUUCUGAUGGCGGGCCUGCCGCUGGCCGGCGUCUCGGAUUACUCGUCGACUUCGAUCUGUCUGCCGGUCGAGAGCAAGAACGUCGGCGACGGAGUGUACCAGGGCACGCUGUUUUUGACGAACGCCGUCGCGUGGGUGACCAUCGUCGUUUGCUACGUGCAGAUAUACAGGUCGCUCGGGGGAGGCGGCGAGAAGUACGGGGGGCGGGGGGCGGCCGCCGCGGCGGAGAGGCGGAUAGCCAACAAGAUGGCCUUGCUCGUCGGGACGAAUUUGCUCUGCUGGGCGCCCGUGGCGUUCUUCGGCGUCACCGCUCUCGCUGGCGCGCCUCUGGUCGACGUCAGCCACGGAAAAGUUUUACUCGUGUUCUUCUACCCGUUGAACGCCGUCGCGAAUCCUUUCCUGUACGCGAUCCUGACGAAGCAGUACCGUAGAGACUUCAUGAUGCUGAUAGCGCGAACCGGCAAGUUCAAUUGGCUGGUCGAGAAGUACAAAUUGGCAACGACGCCGCCCCCUACGGCGCACACGAACCCGUCGGCGAAUCAGGGAAAUCUCUUACCUCUAGUGGAAUAUCAGCGCAGUCGGUCCCAAAUCGGCAAAGAGAAUGGUGAUGCUUCAUUUUAGAUUGAAUCAAAGACUUCUGUGUUUAUUUUAAGUUUAGUCACAAUGUAACUGAUAUUAUAAAGACUAUUUAUUUUAAAAUGCCUCAUUUUUCCCUCCACAUUAUAUUAUAAGUUUGUUUUUUUUCAGAUAAGUGACUGUUGUUUUUUUUUAGAAAAUUAACACUAUAUAAUUUCAAUUU